UCUCGUGUGCGGGAGAAGUGCUGAAUGCCUGCGUGUUUUGGAAGGGACGGUGCAGCCCGCCUCAGCAUCUGUGAAGUGAGAGGAGCGGGUGACAGUGGCGGUAGCCGCCGCUCGAGGUUGCAAAGAAUCAUUUAUUGUAUCUUGAAAAGAAAACACAUUUGGGAAAGUGUGCAAUAGCAUGGAAAUGGAAGGAUUCCCUCCACCACCACCUCCUGAAGUUUUAGGAAAUGACAUACCAAUCACUGCUGCUAAUGAAGAUGAAGAAGAAGGAGAACAGUUUGACUUUGAUAGUGGGGAUGAGAUACCAGAAGCAGACAGACAAACUAUUUUGCUGCUGCAAGAAGAGACAAAUUUUAUAGGGAAUGAAAAUCUAGAAAACAUAGAAGAAACUGAGAAAAUGCAGAGCACCAAAGCAGAGGGCAUCCUACCACGGGUAAACCCAUACUCUGUCAUAACCAUUUCGCCAGUGCAGGAAAAGGAGCCAUUGCUGUCACCAGAGCCAAGCGCACAAGAUGGAACUAUAAGUCCCACCCUCUCAAGUGGAUACUCGGUUCCGGUGCCUUGUGGCUAUGCUGUGCCAUCCAAUUUGCCAUUGAUAUUGCCAGCGUAUUCCAGUCCUGUUAUAAUACGCAACCUAUCUGUGGAUGAAGAAGCAAGUGUUCAUAUUACAGCUGAAGAUGGUCAUUCAAAUUCUCAGAGUUCAGAAGAGCCUCAGAACAGUGAAGAUAAUCAGGGGAGCAAAGAUGAGAAUGCCUUGGCCAAAUGGGUGGCUGAUCCUGCAAAUACAGAGUGGAUGGAGAAUCCUCAUGAAGUAAUAUAUGAUGAUGUGCCAAGAGAAAAUUCAGACUCUGAACCAGAGGAGAUGAUUUAUGAUGAUGUUGAGAAUGGAGAUGAAGGUGGAAACAGCUCUCUGGAAUAUGGAUGGAGUUCGAGUGAGUUUGAAAGCUAUGAAGAACAAAGUGACUCAGAGUAUAAAAAUGGAAUACCCAGUUCUUUUCUACGUGGCAACCACAGAAGACAACUCUCUCAUGACCUAACCCGUUUAAAGGAGCACUAUGAGAAAAAGAUGAAAGAUUUGAUGGCAAACACGGUGGGAGCAGUAGAGAUUCAGCAACUAAAGCAAAAACAUGAGCUGAAGAUGCAAAAGCUCAUGAGAGCAGCAAGGGAGGGCACCAAAGAUGGACUUGAAAAAACUAAAGCUGCUGUGAAGAAAGGUCGGUCAUUCAUCAGAACUAAGUCCUUUAUUAGUCAAGAUCACAGAGCUACCUGUCUGGAAGAAGAGGAGCUGUUUAUUGAUGUAGAUUGCAUGCACACAGAAGCAAUCAUGACUCCAAUGCCAGAUGGAUUAUCCCAACAACAGGUCGUUCGAAGAUACAUUUUAGGUGCUGUGGUUGACAGUGAGAAAAACUAUGUGGAUGCUCUCAAAAGGAUAUUAGAGCAAUAUGAGAAGCCUCUUUCAGAGAUGGAACCCAAAUUACUGAGUGAGAGAAAACUGAAGAUGGUCUUCUAUCGAAUCAAGGAAAUUCUUCAGUGCCAUUCAAUGUUUCAGAUAGCACUGGCGAGUCGCGUCUCUGAGUGGGAUUCUGUCGAAAUGAUCGGGGAUGUCUUUGUUGCAUCAUUCUCUAAAUCCAUGGUGCUAGAUGCUUACAGUGAGUAUGUAAUCAAUUUUAGCACAGCUGUGGGAAUUCUCAAGAAAACAUGUUCUACAAAGCCUUCCUUCCUUGAGUAUUUAAAGCAAUGUCAAGAAUCUAGUCCUGAUAGAAUCACUCUCUAUGGCUUAAUGAUGAAACCCAUACAACGUUUUCCUCAGUUCAUCCUUCUAUUACAGGACAUGUUGAAGAACACUACUAAAGGCCACCCAGACAGGCUGCCUCUACAGAUGGCUCUCACAGAGCUUGAAACAUUGGCAGAGAAAUUAAAUGAAAGGAAAAGGGAUGCAGAUCAGCGCUGUGAAAUAAAACAAAUAGCCAAAGCCAUGAAUGAGCGUUAUCUGAACAAGUUACUCAGCAGUGGGAACAGGUACCUCAUCCGAAGUGAUGAUAUGCUAGAAACUGUUUAUACAGACAAAGGAGAAAUCAUGAAAACCAAAGAACGACGUCUGUUUAUGUUAAAUGAUGUGCUGAUGUGUGCCACUGUAAAUAUUCGUUCUUCCCAUGAAAGUAGUGGUGUUGUGAGUGGCCAAAGGUACUUACUGAAAUGGAGUGUGCCACUUGGGCAUGUAGAUGUCAUAGAGUAUGGGAGUAAUGAUGGUCAAGGCGAGAACUGCAGAUUCCCUUUGCAACCAUCUUCUGAGAUUAUUGUUACCAAUGCCAAGCCAAACAAGCUUUAUAUGGGACCAGGGCAACUUUACCAUGAUUUGCAGAAUCUCUUACAUGACUUGAAUGUAGUUGGCCAAAUCAGUCAACUAAUAUGCAGUCUGAAAGGAAACUACCAGAAUUUAAAUCAAUCAGUGGCUCAUGACUGGACUUCAGGUUUACAGAAACUCAUUUUGAAAAAAGAAGAUGAAAUCAGAGCUGCAGACCGCUGUCGCAUUCAACUUCAGCUUCCAGGAAAGCAGGACAAAUCAGGACGGCCUACUUUCUUUACAGCAGUGUUCAAUACAUUUACACCUGCUAUUAAACAAUCUUGGAUCAGAAAUUUACAAAUGGCGAAGCUUGCUUUAGCUGAUGAAAAUCUGCUGGGUUGGUUCUGUAUAGAUGAUGAUGGGAACCAGAUUAAAAAAGAGAAACACCCACUCCUUGUGAAGUACAUGCCUGUGAUGAUGGCCAAACAACAGGAAUUUAAGGUUGAAUGUGCUGCUUAUAAUCCAGAACCUUAUUUAUGUGAAGAAAGUGAUCCAGAUUCUCUAUCUACAGAGUAUGGUUUUCUUUGGAUUGGAAGUUGUACUAAUCAAAUGGGCCAAAUCGCCAUUGUAUCAUUUCAAAACUCCAGUCCAAAACUUAUUGAAUGCUUCAAUGUGGAAUCAAGAAUUCUCUGUAUGGUCUACAUUCCAGAAGAUGAGAAAUCCAAAGAAUCAAAUAAUAUGUUUCCUGAGCCUGGAGAGAUGUCUACAAAACCCAUCAGUGUGCCUACUAUUUGUCUAGGCAUGGAAGAAGGAAGCAUCUCUGUUUACAAAAGUAGUCAAGGCUCCAAGAAAGUCCGUCUUCAAUACUUCUUCACUCCUGAAAAGUCUACUGUGAUGAGCUUAGCAUACAAGACUCACCAUUUAUUUGCUGGCCUAGUCAAUGGAAACAUUGCAAUCUACACCAAAUUAGAAGAUGGAACCUGGAACUCAGAACCUCAGAAAAUAGUGAAAUUGGGAGUUCUUCCUGUCAGAGGUCUUCUUGUCAUGGAAGACACCAUAUGGGCUGCUUCUGGUGGACAGAUAUUUAUAAUUAAUGUGGAAAGUCAUACUGUAGAGUGCCAUUUUGAAGCUCAUCAAGAGGAAGGGAUGGUGAUCUCUCAUAUGGCUGUUGCAGGAGUUGGGAUCUGGAUUGCCUUCACAUCAGGAUCUACUCUUCGUCUUUUCCACACUGAAACCCUUAAACAUCUCCAAGAUGUUAACGUGGCUACUCUUGUUCACAAUAUGUUAUCAGGACAGCAGCGUGUUUCAGUGACUAGCCUCCUAGUGUGCCAUGGUCUGUUACUGGUUGGAACCAAUAUGGGAAUUAUAGUAGCACUCCCAGUUCCUCGUUUGCAGGGAAUUCCCAAAGUAACUGGAAGAGGCAUGGUAUCUUAUCAUGCACAUAAUGGCCCUGUGAAGUUCCUUGUAACAGCCUCUGUGACAAACAAGCGGAACAAAAGCAAAUCAAAGUCCAGUCUGAAUUGUCCUCAUUCAGGCCUGAAAGAUGAUGACCAAAAGAGUGUUCCACCUGAGAGGUCCAGUUCUUCUCUAAGCAACCCAAAUGACAGUGCCAUUUGGUUGGGAGGCUCAGUCGGAUCCAUUGCUCAGAAAAGUGACUUGUCUUCAUCUUCGGGGUCACUCACGUUGUCUCAUGGAUCCAACACAACGGAACCUAGGCCUGAAGAGAGUGCUGUCUAUGAGCUUUUGAAAGAAGUCUCUCCUGACCAGAGUAAAAAACAUAGAUCCAGAGAAGGGAAAGCAAUAUCCAUCUUAGUAAUCUCCGGAGGGCAAGGACACAGAAGGGUGAACAAGAAGUGUAAGCAGCUGCGGCCAGAUGAACUGGUGUCUUCUAUAAUGGUUUGGCAGAUUCCACUAUUAAAGAUCUGAAAACAUGAUACAAUGCGAUUUGUUAAAUGACAUUUGCUUUGGUGUUAACACCAUCAUAAUGAAUUUAUAUUUUUAUCUCAAAGCAAAUUAAAUAUCAAUGUUUGCAGAGGCCUCUUUAUAAGAUUUCUUUGUGCUGAAUUGAUGUGGGUUAGCUUGUUCAAACAAGUUUCUUAGACAAAUCCUAAAAAGCCCAUUUCAAAAUUAUAUCUAAACAAAAAUUUAAGUAGAAGUUCUUUAAUUGAAUAUAUAUUUCAUGUUAAGCUAUUUUUAUCAUUUUGCUAUUAUUUAUAUUCAAAUAUUGUGGCCUAAAGAACAUUCAGUGAAGGGCAAGGAUCAAAUAGUAUUCCUCUGAUGAGUCUUGCUUAAACAAUUAUUUCUCACAAAGCAAUAUGCACAUGAGCUUCAUUUCCCCCAGCAUUUUUCGAAGCAGUCAUUUUUCCAGGAUAGUCUACUAGCUUAAUUCCAGAGACUAUAAAUAAACCUGUAAUAUACUUUCUCAAGUAAGUGUCAGACACAAUAAAAGUUGCUUGGUCAAAUACUACAGUUUUAUACUUUGGAGGGAAAAAGUUAGGGCUAAUUUUUAAUCAUUAGUACGUAAAAAUGAAUGAUAUAAAAGGACAUGUUAAAGAUUUGACAUGAAAUAUGUUUUACACCUUUUACUUAUUAAGUGUUUUUUUUUUUAAUCUUUUCGUUAUUCCUAGUAAGUAGGAGGGAAAAUAAACCCACUGUGGAAUUUAGUAGAUUCGGGCAGUUGCUCAUGUUUUGGUGCUCCAUUUGAUUAUAGUACAUUCUGUCGCUGGCGAUGGAACGUGCUCCAUUUAUGUGUAUGGCUGCUUAUAUAUUUUGAUUAACAUUAGACAAUGGUGAGGAAAUAAAAUAUAAACAUAAAAUAAAGAGACCCUAACAUUAAAACAUGCUGUUUUCAUAAGAGUAUUAUUAUUAUUAUUAUUACUACUACUACUACUACUAUAGUUCAGUGUUCCCCAGAUACAUCACUGUCUGAUACAAGUGCACAUUAUUAAUAUAGCCUUUGAUCUGAAGCCAACAAAUGUGCAUUUUUGCUAUGAAUACUAGUAAAACCCCAGCCCAGCAUCUAUAGAAAGAAGAUGCCAUGGCAUCUAUUUCCAAGCAAUAAAGAAAGGAAUUUGUAUAAAGCAAGGCAACACAUUUUCUUUUAGGAAGAUGGAAAACUGCAUACCUACUUGGGAUUCAAACACAGGAGCUAUUACUGCUGUGAAAAAUUAAUUGCUUGUGGCCAACAGCUACAACUCCAGAAGCCAUGGUGAUGACUCUGGACAAUGGAAAGUGAGCAUUGGCAGUCAUUUUACAAUUUGUAGAACUGUGUGAUGUCUUAAAGCCUGGGCAUACCUGAGCCUUGCCAGAGCUUAGCUGCAGGAUGAGACCAUUUAUGUAUCUCUCAGGCUCUAUGCUUACCUGUUUGGAUUUCUUUGGGUUUAUAUAUGUAACAGUGGUAUAAUAGUUUCUCAUGGGGAUGGGAUGGGAUGGGAGAUGAGAAUUUAAACUUUAAAAGGACUUUGCUGUACCAAUUAACAGUCUAUUUACUAGGAGUAUUAGUAUAGUAGUAUGUUGGAUCACAGAGAGUUCUAAUUCAUCUUUUCUCUCCUUGAUGAAGGGGGGGUUCUAGUAGGAAGCUUACAUUAAAAAGCUGUGUUAUGGCCAAUUAUUUCAAGUGUAGUAGAUUGAAUUAAUCGUACUUAGAGAAGAUCCAACUAUAUCAAUGGACAUUAAAUGGUUCUACUGUUACAUAUGACUAAGUUUGGUAAUAGUUAUAAAAUAAUCAAGACAUAAAUGUGGAGGCUUUUUCCUCUCUUUUUCUGAGGAUAGAAAAGGAGUAGGCAGAAACUGAUUGGCAUCUACCAGCAAAUCAUUGGAUAGUUUGCAAAAAUUGGAAAGCACUUUUAAUAUGAACAAUAGAUUUUCCCCUAAAUUAGACCAUUGGAAGCUUUGCUAUUUAGUUGAUCAAAUAUAGAUUCAUAUUUGUGGAUCAUCCAAGUAUACAACUUAGUAGAUACCAUGGGUAAUUGAUUCUGUCUCUGAGUUGCUCUUUUGCAUAUUGCUCCAACUGGUGGUGGUCUUGGUAUUUUAGUCAAACACUGCAGUGGAUGUCAUAAGUGUGGUGCUCAUGGCUGGAUGUGAGACCUAGUCGUAUAUCUUUGUUUCCCCAGUAAUGUAACAUUUGAAUUUCCUGCCCCUUAGUGCAGACGUUGUACUCACUGAAUUCAUUACUAGACAAGAAUUUAACAUAGUGAAGAUAUAAGUAUCAGUUCUUCAAGCCCUAAAUUUAUAGAAUAAGUAUUCAGAUUUGCAAGUGCGUUAUCAAGUAACUUCCAAAUGAAUCUUUUACUGCAGAAAUGGGCAGUGGUCAAUAAAAAGAACUGAUGAUGUCUACAAAAGUUGGAAGAAUCUUUUUAUACUAACUUUAAGCACUUAAUCAUCUAAGUUUACAUUCCUCAAACACCCCUGGUUUAAGUUUUUUGUUAAAUACUGAAUUUAUUGCCAUUGGUUGAUGAAAUGUGAAACUAGUUCCCCAAUUUAAGGUUUUUUUGAACUUGUCUGUCUUGGACAGUAUUUUCUACAGCCUAAUUCAACCUGCUUUGGAAACUGAAGGGGCUUUGAGAAACAGUUUGUGAUACAGCUUCCUAAGGAAAGUAAGUCAAAGAUUCCAUUAGGCUUUCUGUCUGGAUCCUGGUUAUUGAGGACUGCCAAGGAAGUUUCCUACAAGACUGUUAUAAAAUAUGUGUGCUAUAUUACUGAAGAACUUUUUAAAAAUCCAAUAAAAUUGUAUAUAUGUAUAGAUUAAAAUGCUAACCAGUACUGCUUUAAUACUGGAUUUAGAGUCCACACACACAUUUACAUGUGUUGCCAGGCAGAGCAGAUUCUGCUUCUGAUUCCAUGUGGGAGUACAGGUAUCUGGGGAAAAAUAGGAGGAAGAGAACCACUACGUUUCAUCAGAUGUUUUCUAAUAUCUAACAGUAUAUUUGUUAUAACGUGAGCCAUACAAAUAUGUAUUUAUGUCCAAAAUAAACUCAAUAAACUGUGAAUAAAUAAGAGCUCAAAACUGUA